UUGUAAAUAGUAAAUCUUUUAUUGGCUUUCGCCGGGGCCAGACCGUGUUCAAUUUUAUUUCCGAUAGCUGUAAAUUCCUUGCUUCAUGACAAUUUCAUCGUCGAAAAGCAGAUUUUAGUACAAUUCAAGGUUUCAAAGAGUUUGCAACCAAGAAUCGCUUCAAGAUUCAUUUAUAGCUUACUCAAUUUCAAAAGGUUUUGGUUUGAUCCAUUCACUAUCAAGCUUUCUAUUGCUGUUUACGAAAUUGGUUAUUGAUAAGUUGGAGAUAACAGAAACUAGUUUAAUCCUCAACAUCGCAGAGCACACUAAUCUUACAAGUUGCAUUUCAUAUUCAUCACUUCAUCUCUUAUAUCCAACUACUACGGAAUGCCUUUGAGCUGAAACGUCUUCACAAACAUGCCGAGCGAAUCAUCAUCACUACUCAAUAAACAGAGUGGUUCAUCGCAACACUCCAACUACGAAAGUCUACCAUCACCACGUCGCCCAAGAACUAGAGUUUCAAAUCUGAGAUACUCAGAAUCACCAAGUGGAGCACCAAGAUCCUUCAGUCCUCAAAGAUUACACAAGCCUUCCUCCGUCAAUUCAGAAGAGAGCGUUAGACCAAGCAGUGAAUCAGAACAUUUGAAAUGGUCACAAAGAGUUCCAUACUAUCUUCCUUGCUAUUCAUGGCUACCAAGUUAUAAUCUCAACAAAUUUUUUGGGGAUUUAGUUGCUGGUCUUUCUCUAGCAUCAUUCCAGAUACCAUUGGCCUUAUCAUACGCUACAGCCAUUGCACAUGUUCCUGCAUUGUGUGGACUAUAUUCAUUAGCUAUCCCACCAAUAAUCUAUGCUGUGUUCGGGUCAGUUCCCCAAAUGAUUGUUGGUCCUGAAGGUGCAAUUUCUUUAGUCGUUGGACAAGCUGUUGAACCAUUGAUGUCUCAUGAUAAGCAUGUUGACCCUGUCGAUUUGGUAAGUGUUUUAUCUUGUAUCGGUGGGUUUUAUCUAUUAGGUGCUGGUCUUUGUAGAUUUGGAUUUUUGGAUAAUGUGCUUUCAAGAGCUCUAUUGAGAGGCUUUAUUUCUGCUGUUGGUAUUGUUAUGAUUAUCAACUCUUUGUAUGAUGAGUUGGGGCUGAAUUUGAUCAAAGAUAUUCCUGCCCAUUUCCAUUCGCCUGUUAGAAAAUUCAUCUUCAUUAUUGAAACCAUCAAUAGAAGCCACAGGCCAACAGCUAUUAUUAGUUUUGUUUCAUUUGUUUUAAUUCAAGUUACACAGCAUAUAAAGGGAAAACUGAUUAAGAAAGGUUAUAACCGUUGGGUUUUCCUACCAGAGAUUUUGAUUGUUGUUGUUUCAUCAACUAUAUUAUCAGCAGUCUAUGACUGGAAAUCUUUAGGUGUUGCAGUUGUUGGGAAAAUCAAAACAAAGGGGUUUAGUUAUAAAUUUCCAAUAUCAAAAGAAACUAUGCCCUUAUACCAUUCUUUAAUGUCGUCUGGCUUUUUAGCUGCAACAUUGGGGUUCUUUGAAUCCACUACAGCUUCUAAAUCAUUAGGUUCUGCCUAUGACCUACCAAUUUCAUCCAACAGGGAGCUAGUUGCUUUAGGGUCUAUAAACUUAUGUGGUGGAAUAAUAGGAGCACUUCCAGCUUUUGGUGGUUAUGGUAGAUCAAGAAUCAAUGCAAUUAGUGGGGCACAAACAACAAUGUCUGGGCUGAUAAUGGGAUCAGUCACAUUAAUUACAAUAUUUUUCCUUUUAGAUUAUAUCUACUAUUUGCCUCAAUGCGUGUUAUCAGUCAUCACAACUAUCGUUGGUUUGAAACUAUUAGAUGAAACCCCUGCCGAUUUGAGAUUUCAUAUCAGAGCAAAAGGCUAUAGUGAACUUAUAACUUUCUGUAUCACAAUUACAGCUACUUUACUCUAUUCAGUUGAAGCUGGUAUUGCAUUAGGAGUUGGCUAUUCAGUGAUCAGAGUUAUCAAAAAUUCCACUAAAUCAGGUAUCCAGAUUCUAGGGAGAUUACCAAAUACCAACACCUUUUUGAAUGCGGAUGAGCCUUUACCUGAAGAUCAAGGUGAAUUUUUGGAAGAAAUUGAAGGUUGUAUGAUUGUGAAGAUAGCUGAACCUUUGACAUUCUCGAAUGCUUCUGAUUUGAAGCUUCGUCUGAUGAGAUUGGAAAGAUAUGGUUCAGCAAAGACACAUCCAGCUGCUCCAAGAACAAGGGAAGACUCUAUGAAUAAACACAUUCUUUUUGAUCUUAAUGGAAUGACUUAUUUUGAUUCCUCAGCUGCUCAAAUCUUUUAUGAGAUUCUGGAAGCUUACAAAAAGAAGGUCCCUACAAAGCAUGGUAUAAGGAAAAGAAUUAAGAACUCUGGUAUUUCUGAUCUCACUGAUGGGAAAUUUUAUAACUCUAUUGAUGAAGUAAUGAUGUUGUUGGAUAAUGAAGAAGCAAGCCAAAUACAUCAGGUGCCAGAUACAGCAUCUAUUGUUUAGUUACCACAAAAAUUUGACAUUUCAAUUAUU